AUGGUCGAAAUUGAAGUUCCCGACGCGGAGGAGCUUGGUGGAAACGUCACCAAACCCUUCAAAUUUGUUACUGCUGGAUAUGACGCACGAUUUCCCAAUCAGAACCAGACAAAGCACUGCUGGCAGAAUUACGUCGACUAUCACAAAUGCAUCCUCGCAAAGGGCGAAGACUUUAAGCCAUGCAGACAGUUCUACCUUGCGUACAGAUCACUGUGCCCCAGCUCCUGGAUUGGCAGAUGGGAUGAUCAGCGAGCAGCUGGAAACUUUCCAGUAGACCUUGAGCAUUAG